UCAAAGAUUAAACCAAGCAAGAAUGGCAUCAUCCUCCAAAGAUCUUCUUGAAGCUCAAGCUCAUGUUUGGAACCACAUUUUCAGCUACAUAAACUCCAUGGCACUAAGAGCUGCAGUUGAGCUACGCAUACCCGACGCCAUCCACAAACAUGGCAAACCUAUCACACUUUCUCAACUGGCCGAUGCCCUCUGCAUCGACAAGGAAAAGUCCCAUGGCCUCUAUCGCCUCAUGCGAAUUCUAGUCCACUCCAAGUUCUUCGACAAGGUCACCAUCUCCGACCAAGAAGCUUAUUCUCUCCCUAGAGCUUCACGUCUCUUGAUAAGAGAUGAUCCACUGAGCCUUGUGCCACUUGCACUUACCCUCACUGAUCCGGCCUUCAUUGAGCCGUUCCAUCAUAUGAGUGAAUGGUUUCGAGACGAUUGUCCCUCUGCGUUCAUUACCACAAAUGGGAUGGAUCAUUGGGAGUUUGCAGCCAAAGAUGAGAAAUGGAAUCAACGGUAUAAUGAGGCCUCUGGCGCUGAUGCACGCUUCGUGGGCAGCUUACUCGUGAAAGAAUGCCAACAUAUUUUUGAGGGGUUGAAAACGAUUGUGGAUGUCGCUGGUGGCUCGGGGGAGGUGGUCAAGGCGUUGACCGGGGCAUUCUCCGGGUUAAAAUGCAUCGUGCUAGACCUGCCACAUGUCGUUGCUCGCAUGGAAGGCUCGGAGAAUGUGAGGUUUGUUAGUGGAGACAUGUUUGAAUUCAUUCCUCCUGCUGAUGCAGUUUUCCUCAAGUGGAUAAUAAACGCCUGGAAAGACGAAGAUUGCAUCAAAAUACUAGGAAAAUGCAAAGAAGCAAUAGCUGAGAGCAAAAUAAAUGGUAAAAAGGUGAUUAUUGUGGACAUGGUUGUGGAUGAGGAGAAGCAACCUCAGGAGGUAACUGAAACUCAUCUGCUCAUGGAUGUGCUCAUGUUGGCUCAUUAUCCAGGAAAAGAAAGAACUGAGAGAGAAUGGGCAAAGCUCUUUGCUACUGCUGGCUUCAAAAAUUAUAAAAUCACUCCUACUUUAGGAGUGAGGUCCAUAAUUGAGGUGUUUCCAUGAUUGUUCGCCUCAUCUUCUAAAAUUAUACAGUAUAUAUACAGAUAAAUAAAAUUACAUGUCGAGGAAGAGAUUUCUCGAAUCUGGAUGCAGCUCUUGGAUGUGCCCAGCGCCAAGUACGAAGGCCACACAUUAUCUCAAAGAUUAUGAGCAUAUAGACUUUUAUUACUUCUUGUUCUGUUUUGAGUCAAGCAUAUCAUAGGCUCCAAGUUGGAUUUUCUUUGUCGGGUCUUCCCAAACUCGAAUAUAGAAGGUCAUACUACAUAUGGUUUAAUAUACAUAGAUCUUUGUCUUUCUAUGACGAUGAAUGAAUUGAGUAAAAUCUUAUCCUUCUUUUUCCAAA